GAUAAUAACACCUGAAAGAGCAGAGACAGAACUUACCUGUGUCUUCCACCGACGGCAAUGGCUGUUGCAGGAAGCAGCACCUCACUGUUGAGUCCUCUCCUUGCCAUUCGCCCCAACGCAAAAUUCUCACCAACCCUUCACCUCACCAGCUCCAAAAAUUCCAUCUUUGUCCUCUCAUGUUCUUCUCCAAAGACCAUUCCCGUCACAGAACAACAAGUACUCCAAGCCAUUGCUCAGUCAGACGGAAAAACCCUCCCAUGCGUUAGAACCUUCGAGAAUGACUUGUGUCAGCUCACCCUCGUCGGCGCAGUCGAUUUCUACCAAGCUUUAACAGCGGCGGCCGCUGACGGCGGCCAAGUUGCCACCGACCACAUCGACGCCGGCAUGGAUGCCAUGGUCGUGGAAACCGUUUUUCCUGCUCCUUCCAGCGACCAUGGAACUGUCUCCACUCGACUGUUCUUACCUGCUAGGAAAGUUAAAGAAAAAGUUGCUAAGCUCAGGAAGUCAUUCUCUCGAGAUGUGUUUUCGAGCACUACAUCUAAGAAUGUACUUGCUAUGACAUUUAGGCAAGUAGUUUUGCAGCAAGUUUGGAACUUUGAUCUGAUUGUGUUUCAGCCAGGGGAGGAACGGAAGAUGGAUGAUCUUGAGGAACCGAGAGAGGUUCCUGCAUCUUUUACUCUCAGCUCAUCCGAUGAAUAUCUUAUCUCCGUGCUUGCAGAAGCUGUUUGUGUCUCUGCACUUCAAAGCACUCAAAGACAAUUUCUUGACAAAACACAAGGUGGUAAUAGAAGCGGUUUUUUUCACUGGUUUCAAAAGCCUGAAAGGGUACAUUCAAAAGAUUCUGCAGUCAUCUUAUCUAAAUUAUUUGAAGAUGAGAUAGUUGAAAAUGCUAGGAGUCUAUUGGAUAACUAUAAUUUAAUGAAGGAUGGUUUCAAGCCUGUGAAAAUAAAAUCAGAACAUCAUUGGUGGAAGCCAUCAUGUUAUGAGAAGUUAGAGAAAAUUGGUGGUUCAGAUUUCAGUGCUUGGACAAGUGAAUAUGUACCUACAUAUCGGUUAGAGAUUGACACCAAGAUAAUGGGAGAUGCUAAAAUUGAGGGCUGGAAAAAGUCUGCGGAGAAUAGGUGGGAAGUUCUUUUGACCCACUCUCAAAUGGUUGGCUUGGCAGAGACACUAGAUAUGUACUAUGUCGAUCCUUAUUCACUACCUGAUAAGCAAUUAUCCUGUGGUGUGGCUGCCAAGUUUUCCAAUGUGUCGAAUCAAAAGGGAAAUUCUUUAUCAAAAUUGUUGUCAGUCACCCUUGCAAGUGGUUUAUUUCUUGUAGCAAUUAGUGCCCUAGGUCAAUUUUGUUUGCCUCGUUUAUGCAAGGAAAGGAAAGACCCUGUCGAACAUAGAUAUCUACCAUCAUCUGAAGUCAAUGUUGCGAUGCAUGACUUUUUUGAUGCAACAAAGUUGGACGAGUUUUGCAUGUUAGCUAUUUCUAAAGUAAAGAAUGCUUUUGGCUGGUCGGAUGAAAUUAAGUUCGAAGAUGGUAUUGGUGUCUGGGUUGGAGAAUUGCCUGCUUACUUGAGAGGUGAAGGUGUUGAUACUCUUUCUACUUCAGAUAAUAUAGAUGCAGAUGCAAAAGUGUCCAUACAGGACAUUGCUAGUUACCAGGUGGUUUUCUCUAGUGAGGGGAAGAUAGUUGGUUUUCAACCUUUGAGUCGAGUGGCUGUAAAUCAUUGGGCUGCUAAUCCUCUAGCAAGGGAACUGUAUGGAGGGAAAAAGCUUUCACCUGGUAUCAUUGAUCCAGGUCUCAAGGUGUCCCUACCAAAAAAGGUUAUCGUUGUAGAGUUGUUGAUGUCAAUAAAUCCAGAUGCCUAUUUUGCUUUAGCCAGGCCAUUCCGGUGAUCCUUUUCUUGCGGGUGUGUGUAAGGUUAGAAUAGAAAGCUUGUGAGGCCCUACUAUAUUGGGUUGACUAACUAAUGGUGAUAUAGAUUUAAGGUUAUAUUCCCCCAAGUGAAAAUUUUCAGGCAACAGAAGCUAUGCCUUGAGUUUUUAUCAGUUUUUCUAAAAUAGGCAUCCUUAAAUGUUUUUGCAUCUUGUGUUUCUGAAAACAAAGUAGUGCAUAACCCUUUCCCGAUACGAUUUUACUUGGAAACAUCAUCAAUGUUUGAUAGAAAAGAAAUGGUGAUAUUAAACUGAAAGUAUUAUAUUUUGCUUUAUAGAUAGAUAGUAUUAAACUUCG